CUGACCCCCCCCGGAGCCCGAUGCGGCUCCGGCCGGGCGAGCGGCCACGGGAGCGCCCAGCAGCGGGGCCCCCCCCCCGGCACCGGGGGGUCCAGAGACGGGGGGGGUGGGGGGGGCCGAGGAGCAGAGCCCCCCCCCCAUUGCCACCUCCUCCCGCCCCCCCUUUUCGCUUUUAUUUACCGACAGCGGCGGGGCACCCCCCUCUUUAAACCGGGGGGGGGGCGGAGGAGGUGGGGACCCCCCCUCGUUGCCGGGUCCCCCCGCUUCCAGCCCUCACGGGGGGGCAGCGGCUGAGCCCCGGCCCCCCCCCCCCCCCUCCAGGCUCCGCUCCCCCCAAACUUUGCCUUCGGAUGCGGGGACUCCGCCGAGCUGCUCCUGAUUAAUUGCAUCUGCCUCGGAUUAAUUAUUCACCCUCCUGCUGCUUUUAUUUUUUUUUUUUCCUGUUAUCGUCGUUUUUUAUUAUUUUUUAUUUUUAUUUUUUUUUCCUCUUUCAUUCCGAUUUUUUUUUUUGGGGGGAAAAAGGCGCUUGGAGACGAUAUCAAGAUUUUUUAUUAUUAUUAUUGUGCAGGGAGAGAGGUGGGGGGGGCCGGCGACUUGCUAGCCCUGCAGCAUCAUCCUUCAUCGGCGCAGCUUUUAUUCUAUUAUUUUAUUUUUUUUAUUCCUUAGGGGGGGGGGGGCACACGUGCUCUUCUCCCCCCCUGGAUCCCGAGGAGGAGGAAGAGGAGGAGGAGGAGGAAGAGGAGGAGGGGGGGGGACCCACCCGGCUCGGCGCGCCCCCGCUCGCCCUGCAGGCACCGGGGGGGUUGCGGCAGGAUUGGGGUGCUGUGCCCUGGGAGCUGGGGGGGCACCGAGCCCCCCUAACCCAAAACUGGUGUCCCCCCCCCCAAAUUCCCCCGUUGGCUGCUGCCGCCGGCUCGCACGUGGUUGGAUUUAGGGGAUUUCUGCGGGUAUCUAUAUAUUAUUAUUUUUUUGGUGCCUGGCUUGGAUUUUUAUUUUAUUUCACAUUUUUUUUUGCCACGGGGGGGUGGGGUGGGCUCGGGGCCUGGCUGCUCCUGCCGCUGCCCCCCCCUUCCCACCCCCCCCUAACCCCACAUUUCGCUAUGGGGUCCCCAAAGAAGAUGCCCCCGGGGCUGGCCGCCCUGCUCUGCUGCCUGCUGCUCCCCGCCCACGCCAAGGGUCCAGCCCCCAGCCCUGAGCCCGCCGAGCCCCCCGGCGCCGUGAUGCUGCCGGUGAGCUACCGCCUGUCCAACACCCGCCUGGCUUUCUUCCUCAAGGAGGUGGGGGCCAGCCCCCCGGGCAACGGCAGCGCCCCGCUGCAGCGCUCCGAGCCCUUCGUCGUCUUCCAGACCAAGGAGCUGCCGGUGCUCAACGUCACCCUGGGACCCUUCAGCACGGGGUUGGUGCUGCCCAAAGAGCACCUGCAGCCCUCCAGCACCCUGGAGGUCCCCGACCGCCUGACGGUCAACUGGAAAGUGCGCGCCUUCAUCAUCCAGCCCCGCCUGGUGGCCAGCCAGCCCGUGGUCCAAGUGCUCUUCUACGUGGCCGGCCGGGAUUGGGACGACUUCGACGUGACCGACCGGCUGCCCUGCGUGCGGCUCCACGCUUUCCGUGACGCCCGCGAGAUCAAGAGCUCGUGCCGGCUGCGGGGCAGCCUGGCCACCUGCCUGGUGCAGGCGGAGCUGCCCCGUGCCUGGUUCGGCCCCGGUGCCGUGCCCCUGGGCAGGAGGAAGAGCCCCGAGAGCGUGGAGGUGCCGGGGGAGAGCCAGCAAGCUGAGCUCUACUACACCCUGCACGCCCCCGACGGGGCCGGCCAGUGCCUUGGGGACACCUUAUCGGCAUCGUCCCCUCGCCGGGGGGGUGCCGGGGGGGCCAGGACCGAGGGUCCCACGCAGCACCCGCUGCUGCGCAUCGGCAGCGUCAGCCUCCUGCAGGCGCCCCCCGCGCAGCCCAUGCAGGAGCACCGGCUGGAUGGCAACGUCUUCAUCCGGCUGCCCGACAAGCCGCUGAAGCCCGGCGAGGUGCUGAGCAUCCUCCUCUACCUGAUGGCCAACUCCACGGUGGAGCAUUUCACCCUCAGGGUGAAGGCCAAGAAAGGGGUCAACCUGCUCAGCACCAAGUCGAGGAGCGUGCAGUGGCUGGUGAGCUCGGAGCUGCUGACGGGCGGCAAGCACUCCACCGCCACCGUCGACGUGGCCAGGGCGGAGGGCGCUGGGCCCAGGGAUGGGGAAACCUCCUCUGAGGUCAUGCAGCUGGAUUUCGAGAUGGAGAACUUCACCAGCCAGUCGGUGACGCGCCGCAUCAUGUGGCACAUCGACUACUGGGGCCGCAACCCCCCGCCCGACCUGGAGAAGGUGGUGACGGAGCUGACGGUCAUCCAGAGGGACAUUCGGGCCAUCGUGCCCCUGGCCAUGGACACGGAGAUCAUCAACACGGCCAUCCUGACGGGCCGCACCGUGGCCAUCCCCGUCAAGGUCAUCGCCAUCGAGCUGAGCGGCAUCAUCGUGGACGUCUCGGCCAUGGUGGAGUGCAAGUCCAACAAUGAAGACAUCAUCAAGGUCUCCAGCAGCUGUGACUACGUCUUCGUCAGCGGGAAGGAGUCGCGGGGCUCCAUGAGCGCCCGGGUCACCUUCACCUACGAGCACCUCUCGGCCCCGCUGGAGAUGACGGUGUGGGUGCCCAAGCUGCCGCUGCACAUCGAGCUCUCGGACACCCGGCUGAGCCAAGUGAAGGGCUGGAGGGUGCCCAUCCUGCCGGACAGGAGGUCGGUGCGGGACAGCGAGCACGAGGAGGACGAGGAGGAGAGGAAGCAGAGCCGGGGCUGUGCCCUGCAGUACCAGCACGCCACGCUGCAGGUCUUCACCCAGUUCCACACCACGGCGGCGGAGGGCACGGGGCAGGUGGUCACCAUGCUGGGGCCCGACUGGCUGGUGGAGGUGACCGACCUGGUCAGUGACUUCAUGCGCGUGGAUGACCCACGGGUGGCCCACCUGGUGGACAGCUUCACGCUGGCGGGGAGGGAGCCGGGCACCACGCUCUUCAAGGUGGUGUCCCCGCUGGUGGAGGCGGUGCUGGGCGAGACGCUGGUGACGGUGGCGGAGGAGAAGGUCAGCAUCACGGACCUGAAGGCCCAGGUGGUCUCCAGCCUCUUGCUGUCCCUGCACCCCAGCCCUGGUAACAGCCACACCAUCAUCGCCCGGACGGCCGCCCAGCAGACCCUCAGCUUCUUCAAGCAGGAAGCGCUCCUGAGCCUGUGGAUUUCCUACAGCGACGGCACCACGGCCCCGCUCUCCCUCUACGACCCCAAGGACUACAACCUGGUGGUGAGCAGCCUGGACGAGAAGGUGGUCUCGGUGACCCAGGACCGGGCUUUCCCCUUGGUGGUGGCGGAGAGCGAGGGCUCCGGGGAGCUGCUGCGGGCCGAGCUGGUCAUCUGCGAGAGCUGCCAGAAGACCAAGCGCAAGAGCGUGCUCUUCACGGCCCUGGCCAGCGUGCGGGUCCAUUUCGGCUCCGAGGAGGACCCGACCUACGACUACGACCACGUCCCCAGCAAGCCGGGGCUGGCGGAGCCGGGGGCGAGCACCACCCUGCGGGCAGAGGUGGAGAGGAAAGCGGAGCCGAGCGAGGACAGUCGGAUGUCCAGCGCGUCUCACCCCACCGAGGACUUCCCCACCAUCCCCACCGGCUUCGUGCAGGUGACCAGGGGGCUGACGGACCUGGAGAUAGGCAUGUACGCCCUGCUGGGCGUCUUCUGUUUGGCCAUCUUGGUCUUCCUCAUCAACUGCAUUGUCUUUGUGCUGAAAUACCGGCACAAACGCAUCCCGCCCGAAGGCCAGACCAACAUGGACCAUUCCCACCACUGGGUCUUCUUGGGCAACGGGCAGCCCUUGCGGGCUCACAAUGACCUCUCCCCCCAGCCCGAGAGCCCCGGGAACCCCUUGGAAAACGUCCAGACCUGCUGCCACGCGGACCACCACAGCAGCGGGAGCUCGCAGACCAGCGUGCAGAGCCAGGUCCACGGCCGCGGGGACGGUUCCUCGGGGGGCUCCACGCGGGACCAGAGCGAGGACCCCCUCAACUCGCCCACCUCCAAGCGGAAGCGGGUGAAGUUCACCACCUUCGCCACGCUGCCCACCGACGAGCUGGCCUACAACUCCAUCCCCAUCGCCGAUGAGGAGGACUUGGAGUGGGUCUGCCAGGACAUGGGGCUGCAAGACCCCGAAGAGCUUCACAACUACAUCCGCAGAAUCAAAGAGAUCGCUUAACGCAGGGGCAGAGGGGACGGGGCGGGAGGGAGGGGGCUGCCACGCCGUGCCACGCCACGCCACGUCACGCCACGCCACGCCGGCCGCUUCCCGGGGCCGGAGACCCAACUCGGGCUCUCUGGCGUGUUCCCGUUCGCACAUCUCACAUCCUCCUCACCCCGUCCGGAGGCACCCCCGGGGGCCUUUUUCUUUUCUUGCCCUUUCCCGGCUGGUUGUCCCCAGGGGAGGCAAGGAGCACACGCACAGCCACCGAGCCUGCUGGUGAGCGGGGAGGGGGGCACGAGGGAGGCGAGCUGGGGGUUGGAGAUGGGUGAGGUCAAAACCUGAGCACGUGCGCGAUGGCAAACAGGGCAGGACGAUGCUGCGGGUCCUGUGGGGCAGAGGAUGGAAGAGUGGAGAUAUCCCGGCCCCCUCCCAGGAGCUGAGGAGGCAGGUGGCGGGUGGGGGUCCCCAAAGGCACCCCCACCAUACCCGGGGGGUCGCACAACCCCCUUUGCUGCACCUGGUUGCACAAUUUCAGAGGUGAGUGCUGGUACAAGGAUUCACCGUCCUAUGGCUGUUGGGGUGUGGGGUGCACAGCCUGCCCCCCCCCACCCCGAGCCCGCUGUCUGCUCCAUGUGGGAUGGUGACAUUAAUGUUUGGCAUCCCUCGGGGACCACGUGCCUCUGCCCCAGGGCUGCUGGUUUCUGGCCUCCCAACACUGGGAUGUGGUUGGGAGACGCUGCAGGGGCUUCCCACCACCCACCUCGGUGCCAGCCCGGUGGGGACACCAUGCCCAGUCCCAGCCCAGUUCCCCCAGUCCCAGCCCAGCAGGGAUGCCCGCAGCCAGGCUCAGCCUCCGUGGUGCCUUCUGACUGCCAUAACCUCCCCCGUCACCCCAUCCCCAGCCCCAAAGGCACCCCCAUCAUGGAGCAUCCUCAGCCAGGCUGACCCCGUGGGGACCACCGGGUACCAGGGCCGGUGGGUUGGGGGUCCCGAGCAUCAUCUGGUGGAGGGGGCAGGUGGCGGCUGGCAGCGGAUUAUUUCUGGAUCGGAAGUUACCCACCACUGUGUCUAUUUUUUUUUCUUAAAUAAAAGACUAGAAAAAGAAAAAAAAAAAA